AUGAGUAUGCUAGAUCCACGUCAGUUCCUGAUGCCCACGUUUUGUCUUGAUUCUGCUACCACUUCACUUCUUAGUCAGCAGCCCUCUCAAAGUUCCGGCGGUGGAAAACUAACACACUCGUUUCGAAUCUCUGACUUGUUGGAAUCUUCUGAUGGUAAGACAGAGCAGGGAAGUGAUAAAGAGCACUCCACAACAUCACGACCCGAAACGCCUGAAUCUGGCUGCUCUCAAGUUCGGAGUAGCCCAAACGAUGCAAGUCCUCUUGGAUCAAAGAAAGCGCGAAAAGCGAGAACCAUAUUCACUGACAAGCAACUACAGGAACUUGAAUCUACUUUUGAAAAGCAAAAAUAUUUAAGUGUCCAAGACCGCAUGGACCUAGCACAUCGCAUGGGACUUACUGACACGCAAGUGAAAACAUGGUACCAGAACCGAAGAACAAAAUGGAAAAGGCAAGCUACAACAGGUAUGGAACUGCUCAAUGAAGCUGGAAACUUGGCAGCUGUUCAAAAUUUACUACGCUCCAAUCCUUACUGGGCUGGCUAUGUUGGUCAACUUGGUGGUCUUCCUGCACCGCUGCCUCUUGUAAUGAGCUUACCUUUGUCUGCCGCAAUAUCCUCCGUUCCACACUCUCUUUCGUUUAUGUUUCCUUCCACAACUCAAGUUGUUGCCUCGAAAGAGUCCACAUCCAUUGAUGUUGAAGACACAAACACUAACUAG